CUCUCUUCCCUCCCCAAAAGGGAGCGAGAGAAAGACUGACGGAAACCAGGGCUGCUUAGACGUCAGGCCGCAGCGGCGGCGACGACAGCAGCAAGAGGAGGAGGAGGAGGAGGAGGAAGGGAGGAAGACGGCAGGGCUGGGCAAAGCAGGGCAGGGAAGGACGCCUGGUAACGGACGUAUAUCGGUUCCUCCUUGUCAACCCGGAGCCGCUGCCAGAGCCUGCCAUAUACGUACGCUGCAAGGACACGGACGAAAGGGAGGGGGGGGGGGGUCGUCAUCUGCUCCAGCUGCAAGAGGGGAGAAAAGGCAGCAGCUGCUGCUCUGCUAGCGAGGCUGCCCGGUCCACUGAAACAGCUAAAACCCCAGGAGAAGAAGCGGAGACCAGAUAGUGUUGAUGUGGAUACUUUGGGCAGCCUGGAGAUAAAGUGGAUGUCAAUGACAGCUAUGUAAGCUACAAUUCUACAAAGUUCCAGAAAUCCUAUAUAAUGGAGGAACUAUAUAAGGACACACAAAACCUACCCAUGGAUGUUACCACUUCACCUUCUGCUAUUGCUAACAACAAAUUAGAAAGUGGUGUAGCCCAGCUGAUAACAGCCGAAGCCUGGAAUAUCAAUUCGUCAGAUCUGAUGAAGAAAGCACUUUCACCACUUGUAACUGUGCCUGCUCCAUCAAUAUUAACACCACCAGCAGAAUCCCAGAGUGGGGUUGCUCUCAAAGUAGCUGCCACAGUGCUUCAGCCAAUUUGUUUAGGAGACAGCCCUGUGGUUCUUCCAAUACAUUUGCAAGUAGCAGGAAGCACCACUCCUCAGAUUGCUCCCAAUAGUAAUACGCCAUACGUUAUGACCACCCAAGGUCCAGUCCCAUUGCCUGUUCUUUUAGAGCAGCAUGUAUUUCAGCAUUUAAAUUCUCCAUUAGUAUUACCUCAGAAUUCACCAUGUGCUCCCAGUUCCAUUCAUAGCAAUCUGUUCCAAAGUUCUGCUACUCCUAUUGGACAGUCGCAAUUGUUGGAUCAAAAACCUUCCAAUCCAACUCAAGAUUCUGUCCUGCCCCCUGUAUUUCAGACACCAGGAUUUGCUGCUGUGUUGCAAGACCUGUUUCCUACUCAAGGAGCUUUGAGCUCUUUGCCCUAUCAGCCAUCUCCAGAAUGUCCUCUCCCCUCUCAGCCCUUCAGUUCUCCUUUGACUCCAUUGGUCCCCCCAGCCACCUUAUUGGUGCCAUAUCCUGUGAUUGUGCCUUUACCAGUCCCAGUCCCUGUCCCUAUUCCUAUUCCCAUCCCAGUUCCUCAUGGCAUUGAAUCCAAGGUUAACUUAGACUACUCCAAACCAGCUGCUUCCUUUGUUUUGCAUUCAUGCAAGGGUACCCAGACUCCUUUGGAGAAGGAAGAAACUAAACUCUGUGAUUUUAUCCACCCCAGAGGAAUUUCUCAGUUGAAUCGGCAUACUGUCAUUAAGAUGAGUAAUGAAAAUGAAGUCCUUGAUCUUUCUAUGAAAACAGCUCCUUUCCUUAAGGAAAACUAUGUUAGUUGCCAGAAUGCCCCCAAUGAUAGUGCUUUGGACUUAUCAAUUACUUCUUUUCGGAAGGUGAAGAGUAUUGAGACCACAAACUUGAACUGCUCUGGUUCCAUGAUGGAUGGAACUUCUCAUUCAGUGGCAGAAAAACCUCAUGAGAUCCCAACCAAGGCUGAAAACAGUGUGAUCAGUUCCAGUUCAUCUGAACUCCUAAGACAACAGUCCAAAUGGCUGGUGGAUCAGAAUAGUAUUACAACUUGUGAACCCACAACUGGCAAUAAUAUAGAAAUUGUGAGUACUUCACAGACAGCCAAAGUGAUAGUUUCUGUCAAAGAUGCAGUGCCAACUAUUUUCUGUGGUAAGAUUAAAGGCCUCUCAGGAGUUUCCACUAAAAACUUUUCCUUCAAAAGAGACAUGCCUCAGGAUUCAGGGCUGCAAUGUUAUGAUGUGAAGAAUCAGCCUGAAGUCCAGGAUAAUGCAGAAGCUCUUAAAAAAACUAUCAAAAACAGGAGUGUCAAGUUAAAGAAAAUGAACUCGCAAGAAAUACACAUUCUUCCUAUUAAAAAGCAGCGACUUGCAGCCUUUUUUCCAAGAAAAUAAUUUAUGAAGUUUUAGAAUGUUUUAAGAUUUAAUUAUUAUAAGUACUGUAAAGAGAUGCACUUCGUUUUAAAUUACAUUUAAACUUUAAACUAUAUUUAAGUUAUUUCAAGAUGGAGGAUUAAAGAGUGGAUGGGGUAGGGAAGACAGAAGAAUAUAUCUUGAUAUAUCUUACCAAUGCAAUGCUUCCCUCGUCAGCAUGUUUUGUUCCAACUUUUCAUUAAAAUAAAUAAAAAACAACAUAUUUUUCAAGUGGAUUGCACAUUUUUAGCUUUAAUGGAAUAUAAUGAAUGAGCAAGUC